AUGGCCCAAUCAAAUGACGUAUUCUGUCUAGCACAUUUCUGUGAGAUCCACGGACCCACCACAAUUCUAUGCUGCCAAAAACUGGAUUCACCGCUAGAAAAUUCCAGCAGCUUACUGUCUACAUGUGACUCAUGUGCGUUGCAGCUCCCUGAGUCCGCAACUCGUCUAGUUACAACCUCUGAACUCAACCACACCAACGACAAGUAUGUGUCCACACACUACCCGGUGUCAGAACGAAUUUAUACGAGUUUGAAGAAGUUGGUAAUGAAGUGCUUAUCUGUAGAGGCGGUGGCAGAUCCGCUGAAGGUAUUGUUCUUCGGAGACGCAACCUAUGGCUUCUGUCUCAGCAAGGUGUUUAGUAUCAAGGACAUCAACGCCCGUGGAGGAGAGCGAAAGUAUGCCAUGUUGAUGGUUUCUGACUCCGAGUCGCAUCUUAUACGAAGCUGGGAUACAGUGUCGACAUAUUUCAACGAGAUGAUUGGACUAAUACAGAGACAGGUGGAGGAGAGAAUGGAGGAGACGGCCAAGAACAAUGCUAGUGACAACGAGAGGUACUUGCGGAGGUCCAAAAAUAUAGCGAAAUCUUUGGUUGUGCUUACGAACGAUGCACAGAUUUUUGUCAAGGUGCACUUGUGGGCAAUCGAGUUGCUCAAGGACAUGCUGUAA